AUGGAGCUGAGACCUGACACCAGCCACAAGGAGAAUGUGCCCCCCAGGCCGGCCACCCCCCUGAGGCCAGAGCAAUGGAGACUCCGGAAGAGCCUGGCCAGUAGACAUGGCCGGUGGGUGCCCGUGGGCCAGGCCAAGAGCAGGGGGCCUGCCACCACACCAUCCCUGGGGGCAGCGCUGUGCCAGGAGCCCUGCCGAGUCCAGAGCAACCUGACCAGCCCCAGCCUGGGCCUCGCCCUGAGGGACACGACUGGCCAGCUGACCAACUCAAGCUUCCGGCAGCAGAGCAACUUGCAGCCCCUGGCCGGGAGGCCCCAAGGGAGAGCCCAGGCGUUUGCCAUCCAGCAGAGCAACCUGAGCGUCAGGGAGACCAGCGUGGCUGAGUGGGGACGUCGCUCCUGGUCGGGGGCUCAGGAAAGCUUCUGGCCGCACAGGAUGCCCGGGGGAAGCCCCCUACCCCGAGGGCCACUGGCUUCCCCAGCCUCCCGCCCAAGGUGGUCCCGGCUGCUGUGCACCAAUACCCCCUGCCCAGACAUUGGGCCCGCUGCAGGCCUGGGCCCGCUCGAAGGGCACACACGGCCGGACCCCAGAUCCCAGUGUGGCCUGGGGAGCUGGACCUCCAGGCUCGUGGGGGAACCCCUCACCCUGGAGGAUCUGGCUGUCCCUGCCCAGAGCCGGGCUCGGGCUCCGUCCCAAGCUGCCCUUCACCAGCUGCUGGCCUCCGUGCAACGCCUAGAGCGUGAGGCAGUCCGUCUCAGGUGCCAGGCAUCCCGGGAACCCCCAGGCCCUGUGCAGCAGGAGCCCUGGACCAGAGCUGGCCAGAUACUCCCUGCUCACCCCCCGCCCAGCCAGCCUGUUCUUGCAUCCUGGGAUGAGAGGAGGAAACAUUCCCAAGGUUUCAGGGAAACUGCAGGUUUCCCAGAAGCACCAGGGGUCCAGGAUGGUCUCUCAGACUCUCAGGCAAGCAGCAAGCCUGCAUUACUGGAGACUACUUUGGAGAUGCUGCCCGGGGUUGCCCUUGACCCUGGGCAGGGGGUCCUUCCUGCCCACCCUGUAAGGCGAGGAGAGAAGUGCUCCCCAGGGACUACAUAUGGCAGGGGACAGAGGGAGGACCCCCUGCUCCCUCAAGGGGCGGGCAGCAGGGAGGCCAGACUCUGCUCUUCAGCCUCGUCCAGUUCAGCCCAGGGCAUCCUUGCUGGGCGGGAAGGAGGGGACAGGACCCCACGGGAGCAGGUCGGCAGGGAAGAAGAGAGGCCGGCUUCCCGUCCGCCAUACACGGCCCCCGCGAGGAGUGCCCUACUCGGGCCUGACGGAGAUCAGGCCCGGAUGGCAGAUCCUUGCAGAAUUUCAGGGGGAGGGAACCUCCCGGGCCCCAAGGACGGGAACACGGGAAUGCUGCCCCCGGGAAUCCUAAACCUCCGGCAGUGGCCGUCCAGAUGUUUCAGAGCGUGGCGGCACUGGGUGCAGAGGCGGCGGGCAGUGGCAGCGGCCAUGGCGCUGGGCCGCCGGCAGCUGUUGCGCGGGGGCCCACGGGCACCACGGUGGACACUGUGGCUCUGGGAGGCCCAGCUGGAGGCGGCGUGGGGACGACACACGCAGGCCCUGCUGGCGCGGACCUUCCAAAAGUGGAGAAACUUGAUUCAGCAGCAGAAACAAGGGCAGCUUCACAUCCAGGCUGGGCCAGGACCCCCAUCCUCCGGGGGAGGCCAGGACCGAGGCCCCUCAGGAAGGAAGCCGGUGGUGGACACUGCCUGGAGAAGCAGUCCAAGUAGUCGGAGGGAGAAGGUGGGAGCCCAGCCGAUUCCGUUGUGUUCUGGGCCGAGGCCAGAUGGAGGAGACAGGGGAGUCCAGAUCCUGCAGGCUCUGCAACAGCUGGCUGCCUUCCUCCUGUGGAGCCAUCAGAAGGAAUGGGCCAGGCGGGAGAAGGGGGUCCAGGGAGAGGCCUCCGGGGCCACGCUGAGGACGGAGGAUGGAGAGGCCCCCCAGGCCUGGUGCUCUCCUGCUGCAGCUGCAGCCUGGCUGUCCCCACUGGACACCCAGUGCCAGAGGGCCUGGCUCUGCAGGUGCUUUGGGGCCUGGCAGCGGUUCGUGCAAAGAGGGACCCGGUACCGGGACCACAUGGCCAACCGCUGCGCAGGGACCCUGAGGAUGUGCCUGCAGCAGUGGGUGCAGAUGAAGCAGCUCCAGGCCUCAGAUGGGGCGCAGGUGACCCAGCUGUCCCUUUGUUGGCAGAAGGCAGGGAACAUGGCCCUCCUCAGCUCGGCCCCUGGGGGGGCCACAGCCCACGGCCUGGGGGUGGUGGCCCAGGCGCUGCCCCAGGAGCAAGGCCAGGGCUCCCUGCAGGAAGCCGGCCGGAGGCUGGCCCUCCGCCGGGCGCUGCUGCUCUGGAGGACGCGGCUCUCCCAGCGCCAGCGGGCGGACUCCUUCUUCAAGGGCGUGCAGCAGCCGGCGCUGUGGCACAGCCUGAGGGGUUGGCCCCUGAGGGUGCGGGAUCCAGGCAGCGCCAGGACCACCUUGGCCCCAGCGGUUCUGAGUGGUGUUCUGGGUUGGGAGGCCCUGCCAGGCCACAGGACACCCCGCAGCUCCCUGGAGAAGGCUUCCCAGGCCCCCGCCCUCCUGGAGGCGUUCCGGGUGAGCUUUCUGUGGGCAGCUGGGCAGCGGCAGCAGGCGCGGGCCCAGCAGUCCCGGGGCGUGGCAAGGUGGCACCAGCGCACCCUUCAGAGGCGCAUCCUCCUUGGCUGGAGCCACUGGGCAACAGCCCAGGGGGCCAGGAGAGAGCUGGCUGCCUGCCAGGCCUGGGAUCAGAGCUGCAGGGCCACGCUGGGCCUGUGGCGGCAGCGGCUGGUGCAGCAGCAGGAGACGGAACAGUGGGCCCGGGUGGGGUGGGUACAGCAGCGACGUGCACUGGGCCACUGGCACUGCUGGCAGAGACAGCAGCUCUGGCGUGAAAAGUACCAGCGGUGUGUGUGGGCCUGCCUCCAGGGCCUGCGCAGGGCCGUGUUCCGGGGCUGGCAGGAGGCAGCAGCUCGUCAGAGACCCACGGCGGCCGGUCCAGAGCAGCUCCUACUGCAGAGCCACUUCCAGGCCUGGUGUGGAGUAGUGAGAGACACAGGGAUGGCCCGGGCCAAGGGUCCAGCCUUCCAGGAUGGCCUGAGGAGAUGGGCACCAGGGUCCACAUUUGCCAGUGAAGCCCCAGAAGCUGCAGCCCGGCCUCGGGAGCAGCGCGUGGCCCGGGCCUCCUUCUCCUGCUGGAGAAGCCAAGAACAGGGACACCAGGUGGACAUCAAGCUGAGGAGGGCCCGGGCCCAGCAGGCAAGGCAAGUGGCCCCCAGCCAGUGCUCUGAGGCCCGCCAGCAGGCAGGAGAGAGAACCCAGGCCCAGGCCCUGUGCUGGAUGCUGUGGGCACGUAAGUCCUGCCUGCAGUGGGUCAGCCGAGACCAUGCUGUCCCGAAGCUGAGCGCCAGGGUCCUAGAGGCCUGCGCCCACUCAGCGACCGGGGGCCGUGUCCAGCGAACUGCCAUCACCCAGUUCCAGCAGGCUGGGCCCAGGCGCCUCCUGCGAACCCACGGGGCCCAGUGGCGGACAACGCUGCUCAGAGUGUGGCUGGAACCACAGGCCGAGGCCCAGGAGGCCAGCACCGCCCACCCCAGGCCCAGAGCCAGCCUCAGGCACUGGCCUAGGCUGGCCACCAGAGGGCACCUCCUGGUGUUGAUGAGCGCUCCAGCCCUGGGGAGGCAGGUGACAGAGAGCCUCCCCUCCCAGCUCCAGCUGCCGGGGCCCAGAUGCGCCUGCUGGGCGCAGGGCCAGCGCCCUGUGGGGCCAGAAGGGGACCACAGCUCUGAGACCAAAGACCUCAAGGGCAAAGGCGAGGCUAAGAAAAGGGGUCGUGAUGCCCUUGGCUGUCAGGACACACACCAGGGCCUCUCCCCUCAGGAGGAAGUACCUGCAGCGCUGGCGCCCUGAGGCACUGCUUCGCGGCUCCGGGCUCCGGGGUUCCCCCGCAGGCGAGGCCCGGGCAGCUGCACGGCAGUGCUGGGUAGAUGCUCGGGGGACGGACAAGCUGGCGCCGACACUGGUGAGUGGGGCGGCCCCCUCAGGCAGUGGCACCUGAGGCGGGCCUGGCGACGGCGGGCCCUGCGGCUGCAGGUGUCUCAGCGAUUACAGCAACAAGACGACAGCUGGGUCCAUUCCCAGAACCCCUUCUUUUUCAGGGGAGAGGUCAGUUCAGUUAGAGAAAACAGCCUGGAUUCCAGAGCCCUUCGUUCAGCUGGUGACCACGUGCUGAGCACGGUCCUGCCCUGUCACUGCAGGGGCCUGAGGAGCAGACCCAGCAGCAGUGCGAGGCCGGGGAGCGGGCGGGAAGCUGCCAGAGCCCCUGUGCUUGAUGGACUUGGGGUGAAGCAGGGGGCCCAGCAGCAGCUGUGA